CCAGGACCAAGGAGACAGCUUUGAGUGGUGGAGCUGAAAGAACAGUCUGAGGGGGGCUGGGUAUGGUCAGGAAGGAGCCUGAGGAGUGCCCUGGAGAAUGGGGUGUUGGUAAGGAGGCGGGGCAGGCCCUCCAGAAAUCUGAUUCCCCUUCUAAUCUGCUUUGCCAACCGGUCAGACCACCACACCACUGUAGGCAUUCCAGCAUCCCCACUUGGCAGGCCAGAGUGAGCACUGGGACUAUGCAGGGGACCUGGAUGGUGCUGUUGGCACUGGUAUUGGCCACCUGCGGGGAGCUUGCCCUGGCCUUGCAGUGCUAUACCUGUCAGGAUCCUGUGAGCGUGUCCAACUGUGUCACCGUCACCACCUGCCGAAUCAAUGAAACCAUGUGCAAGACCACGCUCUAUUCCCGGGAGAUUGUGUUCCCUUUCUUGGGGGACUCCACGGUGACCAAGUCCUGCGCCAGCAAGUGUGAGCCCUCAGACGUGGAUGGCAUUGGGCUAACCCGGCCAGUGUCCUGCUGCAAUUCUGAUCUAUGCAACGUGGAUGGGGCCCCCAGCCUGGGCGGUCCUGGUGGCCUGGUCCUUGCCCUGGUCCUGAUCUUUCUCUUGGGGCUCCUGCUGUAA